AAACUUGUUGCGAUACUUCUCCCAAAAAGAAGCCGCACUAGCCAAACAGCUAGCCAGCCAGCCAGCCAGCCAGCAAGCUAACCACCGUUAAUCAGUCAACACGAAUGCUCCGUCCACAUAACCAAUGAUAGGGCCCGCGAACUCACAAGUAUGCACCCGGAUAUUGUUUGAUAUUUGGCUAGCUGUUUUUUUUGUUUUUUUUUGCGAGCAUUAUCUCGGACGCUCCGUGAAGCUAUCCCCGAACUGAAAACGGCAGAGUAGCCUCUCGGCCAUGGAUCCUGAGAGACAGAAACGAAGAGAGGAGAUCCAGAAAGCAAUGGGCUUUAUCCAGUCCUCACUGCCUUUCCCGGAACCAGAGAGUUACGAGGCGUUCCUGACCCAGUUGGUGGUGAACCUGCUGGAUGAGGGCAACACAGUGUUUCGAGACGGGGACUGGCGUCAGGCAACAACACAUUACGGGGAGGGGAUCAGUGUGGCGCGCUACGCCCAGGCCGAGGCGCUCGUCAUCCCCCCCGAGCUGCUAGAGAGCCUCUACGUCAACAGGGCAGCUGCGUACUACCAGAUGAGGGAAUAUGAGCGUGGCGUUCAGGACUGCGACAGUGCGCUGUGUGUGUCGGAGGGCAGCCGCAGGGCUUUGUACCGCAAGGCGCUCUGUUUGAGGGAGCUGGGCCGGCUCAGAGAGGCCUACGAAUGUGGAACUAGAUGUCUGCUCACCGCACCGCACGACAGGCAGGUGAGCGACCUGGCCCAGGAGCUGGCCACUAAACUGGGCCUGAAGGUGCGUAAGGCCUACAUCAGCCCUCAGGCAGAGUCCACGGCCACAGCAGGCGAGGGUCACACAGAGACCUCCCAGCCCACAGGAGAGACAUCCUCUAAUGGACUGGAAUCUCUAAAUGACAUUGGACCAGCGGACCUGUCAAACGCCCAGUGCAUCCCCGCUCCUCUGGCCACACCCAUCCCUGUCAGCGACGACCCCGCGACCCCCGUGGUGACGCCGUGCGCCGACCUGUCGGAGAGCCCCAGCAGCCAGGGCCUUCCCCCCAUGCCCUACUCCGUCCCCGUGUCGGAGCACAUGGACGAGUGCAGCAGCAGCGUCAUCAACGACGAGCUGGACAGCCUGUUGGACUGCAUCCCCAAGAAAGUCAGCGAGAGUCCAGUUCAGGGUGCCAUCCCCACCAACCUCCCCAACACAGCCGUGGGUCUACGGCCCCCUUACUCCCCCAGCCUCCCGGCUCCGUCUCCCCAGCUUCCCCCUGCCUUCUUCAGCUCGUCCGUCAGCCAGAUGCCCCCUCUGGAGCCGUACUCCUCACUGGCACAGAGGGACCAGGGCUCCACCCAGGCGCAGGACGCUCUGGGAGCCUUCUCCCCAGGGAGCACGGACGGAGAGGGGAAGGCCGGGGUCAUCUCUGGCGGGCUGGACUCUCUGUCUGAGUACACUCUGCCUGGGGGGAGAGUUUCUCACAGCUUCAUUCCUGGAGUGCGCAACCACAACGCUACACAUGCAAAUGGUCCAGCGGGAACCAACCUGUCCCUGCUCUCCAGAAACCCUCUGGCAGCCACACAUGAGUUUCGUCAGGCGUGCCAUGCCUGUUAUAGCCGAAUAGGCCCGCGAGUGAUGGACUACCAGUAUCAGCCGGAGGCAGCACACCGCUGCAAGAGAGACGUGCUGCUGUGUCGCCUCAAAAACACAGACGACCCCACCUGGAAGAGGGUCCGGCCCCGGCCUGCACGAAACAACUUCCUGGGGGCGUUCGUACUGUGUAAAGAGGUGCAGGAGCGCCAGGAGUGCCAGUACGGGGAGAAUUGCACGUUUGCCUACUGCCAAGAAGAGAUCGACGUGUGGACCCAGGAGAGGAAGGGUGCACUGAGCCGAGAGCUGCUGUUCGACCCGCUGGGCAGCACAGAGCGACGGGCGCUCAGUGUCACUCGACUGCUGCAGCUCCACAUGGGCAUGUUCAUGUUCCUCUGUGAGGAAUGUUUUGACAGUAAGCCUCGCAUCAUCAGCAAACGCAGCAAAGAAAACUUAGCCGUGUGUUCAAACCUCACGGCUCGACACCCGUUUGACGACAACAAGUGCCUGGUGCACGUGGUGAGGUCGGCCAACGUGCGCUACAGCAAGGUGCGUCCCCUGCACCCGCUUUGCCAGUUCGACGUGUGUCGGCACGAGGUUCGCUACGGCUGCCAGCGCGAGGACAGCUGCUCCUUCGCACACUCCGUCAUAGAGCUCAAAUGCUGGGUCCUGCAGCAAGACACCGGUAUCACCCAUGAAGAAAUGGUACAGGAGUCGAAGAGGCACUGGCACCGGCUGGAGCAAAACGCCCAAAAGCAGCAGAAGCCUAUGCACAUCCCCCACCAGAGCAGCAGCACCACUGCAGGAGUCGGGGGAAUGGGGGGAGGUGGUGGAGGAGGAGGAGGGGUAGGGGGUGACGGCAUUGGAGGAGGUGGAGUGAGCUCCGUGGGUGGGAUGGGUGGGGUGGGAGGGUUAGGAGCUGGGGCGGCGAGAGGGCGGGGCCUGAACCUGAAGAUGAAGUUUGUGUGUGGUCAGUGCUGGAGAGACGGACAGGUCAACGAGCCAGACAAGAACCUCAAGUACUGCACAGCCAAAGCACGGCACAGCUGGACUAAGGAGCGACGGGUCCUGCUGGUGAAAUCAUUUGAAAAGAAGAAAUGGGUCGUCGUUCGGCCUCUGCCCUUCUCUCGCACUUACCCACAGCAAUACGACAUGUGCGUCCAUGUGAUGAAGCAGAAGAAGUGCCACUAUAUAGGGAACUGCUCGUUCGCCCACAGUCUGGAGGAGAGAGACGUCUGGACGUACAUGAAGAACAACAGCUUGAGAGACAUGCAGCAGAUGUACGACAUGUGGCUGCAGCUCACCAAUCAGAACAGGCGUACAGAUGGCUCCGUCAUGACUCCGCCCCCUGAGGAGAAGCAGGUCACCAUGACAGCUGAUUACUCAGAGGGCAUGGGAGGACGGCGGUUGUCUGACGGUGACGACCUCUGAGUGUUGCUGUGCUGAGGAGGAGCAGCCGGUCCCUGCAGCGCUCCCCACACACACACACACACACACACAUACACACACACACAUAUACACACACAGACAGGUCUGCUGCACCAGCUACCACAGCACCGUCUGUUGUCCUGUCAGGCCUGUCGGACCUCGUCUAGCAUCUAAGCCAGCAGUAUGAGAGCAGAUGGAGGACCCCCCCACCACGCAACAGACUGGCUGACUCUCCCCAUAUGUACACACACACACACACACACACACAGAGCACAUAACACACAUAUCACAGGCACCAAUCCACACAAAGAGAAAGCUAUGUUAGGGAAAAUACAGGAUACCUUUUUGUUUGUCAUGCUGCAGUUUCCUGCUGCAUCUUCAGUUCCCCUCCAGCUCCUGAACCCCCAUCACUUCCAUUGACAAGGCGACAACUGUGUUUGCCAAACAAUGACAUGAACACGCGUUCCCAUGUUAGUUUUAAGUCCCUCGCUGUUUCUAGGGACGAAGCGUCAUGCGUGUCCACUGUGAACCUCUUUCUUUUUCUUUUUUUGUUUUUGUUUCUAAAAGCUAGCAGCGCUGAAAAACUGCAGGGGGUGCACGCUGGUCGUGGCUCUCUCAAUGUUACGUAGAAAUUAUUGAAAACUCAUUUGAGGCGCAGUGCUCCUGAGCUAAAAGUUAACCCUAAAGAAUCAUUUUAACUUGAGAGUUAAGAGGAUGACAUGCCAAGCCCUGAGCACUGUUGGGAAUGUGCCGCAGGACGUCUUUUUUUUUUUUUGUUUCCGUCUUUCUUUUGAGAGAAAAUUAGUUGGCGCUGUAAAGAGAAGGGGUUCCGGUGGACAUGCCGUGCAAGCUCUGCAACCACCAAAUCCUGCCCUCCUUCCCUCGAGGGAACAACUUGAGAGGGUUGAAAGAACAAAUUAUCUGAAGAUGAAUGGUUUUCCAAUGGGAGCUGUCCCUCCCUUUUUUAUAUUGUCUGCCAUAUUGGUAGAAAGCUAUGAAUGUAACGCCUGCACAGGCCUUGAAAAACCAUUUAAUCAGUCAGUCAAAACGUUACUGUGGUUGUGGAAUGUAUUUAAGUAUACAUACCCAAAACCAAGCUUGCGCAACAUUAAAGUCUCCUCCACUCCCUGGUAACUGAUAGAAACCCCUCCCACCCCGCCCCAGACAACUGGUUAUGCAAUCAUGCAAACUAGUCCUGUAUGGGACGAGCACAGACGUGCACACCUUCACAUACAUAAACCUUUCAGUCGCCGUCAGUGUACGUCCAGGUAAAUCCCUGUAUGCUUGAGUUUUAGCUUCUCUGGGCAUGAAAAAAAACGAUUAAAAAGCAACGAUUAAUAAAGCAACGCUAAAUUGCCCAAAUUAAAUUUACCUGUUGUGGGUCUAAGAUGUUGAAGCUCUUCACCGUCACAUGUCUGAUCCUGUGCCACACCGGGCCGCUUUGGUAAGCGGCGUCGAGGUGUGGCGCUGGCGUUGGAGGGCUACAUGAGGCAGAGGAGUGACUGCAGCACGUUCAGAGUCCAGCUGCUCUGCCCUCAGCUUCACACCAGUUCAGACCGCAGAUGCCCCUUAAGAAAUAAUGACCCCAUUUUGACUGAAACACAGACGCCGCACAGAAGACUUGAGUUCCCAGUUAAAGAAAUGUGUAUUACUGAGGGGGAAAAAAAAUAAAUAAAAGAUAAAUUAUUUGUAAAGACUGAAAAGCUCCAUAGCUGCCAAUAAGAAUGAGUAACGAUGAGAAUGAAGAUGAUUAAGUAUCUAUUUUUCUAUGAAUGACUUUGAAAAUAUUAUUUGAAAAUAAAGGCAGCGUGUGUUCAGUUGAACUAGGGUCAUUAUUUCACCCAAAUGAAAUUGCGCUCCCAUGCCAGCCUUCACGUGAUGACCUUUGUCUCUCACACACACCCGAAAUGCUACGUUCCUGAUAGCUAAUGGUAGCCCCCAAGAUAACUUUGCAUUAUGGGGAAUAAAAAAACCUGAUAGCUUGGGACCGGGAAAAUGACUAGCACCAUAUAUUGUGCCUAUAAACAAUACACACACACAUACACAGACACGCAAAAACAUGCACACACACACACACACAGAGAAAGGCAGGAUAUCUAUUGCCAUCUUAAUCCAGCCUGCAAUGUGGACAGAGAUGUGAUUGAGGUAUGUCUAUAUUCAGAUACAUAUACACACCUUAUAUUAUACAUAUUUACAGAUAUUGCUAUACUACUAAUAAUAAUUGAUAACUUAGCGGUUAAGCUUAAUUAAAUAUAUAACCUGAAAACCUUGUAUUGAUUACAUAGAAGAACCUCUUGUUAUUGAGCUAUUGCUAUAUGACAUGUAUCGCUGAACUAGAUGACAAUAGUGAUUUUUUUUCUUUUUCUUUUUUUUUAUUUCUUUUUUUUUUUUUUUUUAAUUUUUUAUUUUGUAAUUUUUGCUUCUGUGUGGGUCGUUCCAGACAGGGUUUAUGUGGAAGUAUUAGAGCGGAUCUUGAUUUAUGGAGUUUGGUUUCAGGCUGAGCGUGUCGAAACGGAUUACAGAGUUAAAUUGUGAAUGAAGUCGGCCAACCUGAAACUGGUGCUUUGUUUAUUUUGUCAUCGCAAGUGCAGCAGCUAAACUGGAUGUACAGAAUAUUGCAGAUUAGAUGUACAGCACAGUGUAGAUUGAGGUUUAGGACAAGCCAUCCCAUUUAUAUUUUUCUUUUUAAAUCUGCGUGAUGCAAUUAUAGAAACUUAACAAGGUAGAGACUUGUGGAGUUGUUAUGUUAACUCAACCGCAACAACUGAAGCAUUGCUCUGAGAGCAAGUCUACACUAGAGAAAUGUGAAAUCAGCAUCUUUAUUUCUCAAGUUUGCCCAUUCAUCCGCACUAAAACAGCACUUUGGUCCACCGAAAAUCCUCUCACGUUGUAAUGUGACCAGCGAAAAUGUGGACAACAGAGGGUCUCACAGUGUAAAAUGUAUAAUGUAUGAUUGUCAUGUGAUCUUAGCUGGAGCCAAAACAGUCAACAUGGUGGAACAAGUGAUGCAAAUGUUGUCCUUCACAUGUAUAUUAGGCCAAAUGUAUGGAAGGCCAGAUUCUAGAAACCUCUGAAAAUCUUAAUGUGGACGGAAAAACAAUUUGACAAGACGGUGCAGUUGUCAGAUUUCCCCUAGAUUAGUAAGGAGUUGGUCUCAGUCAGAAAGAGAACUUAUGAAAUAUAAUCAAACACGCCACUGCUGCUUUAGCUGUUAGCCUGCAUCCACAGAAGCUGGCAAAGUUUGUCCCCGGCUGGCCUCCGUACUGCUGUGAAGUACAUUUGUUAAGAUCGGGGAGAGAGACAUGGAGGUGAAGAGAGAGAGGAGUCGCUUUGCAAAAAGGUUGCAUCCAGACUGCUUGCACCUCUCAGUAACAUCAGAUAAAAUCAUACAGUGCAUUUAAGCAUGUGGCUCUAAUGUGGAGUGACUGUACAGUGAACCAGGUCGCUUUAGCUCCUCGGUCACCAGCGCAGCAGCUCAAGGCUCAGAGCAGCGACGCCUGGCAGCUCUGAGAGGAGGGAAAGAGUUUGAAAGGGAAGAGCUAGAAGAGAUUUUGUUUAUUUUAGAUUAACGUGUCAAACCGCACAAAAGCUUCACGCAUUUCACGUUUUAUGUAAUUCCUCUUUUGUCCGCAGUUCUUGCUUUUCUCGUUCAGUCGACAAACACAAUGAAUUGGUGCGUUUUUUUUUAACCAAAAAAAAAAAAGAAAAAAUCAAAGACUUAGCUCUUGAAAGAUCACUUGGCCUCCAGCCUGAUCGAGAGUUUUCACAGACGACCUAGAGUGGCUUUACCCUUUAAGUGCUGAUCCUGGGUCAGCUUUGCCAUUCCCUCACUAGCGGUUAAGGUUGGAAAACGGGCGUUUCUUAACGUUUUGAUGUUGAGCUCCUUGUCUGGAACGGCCCAGGUAUUAGCUUCAUUGAGGUAACGUAUUACUACUACUCCUAGUAUUAUGAUGAAUAUGAUGACGAUAAUGAUUGCUAUCUAUUGACUAUUUCUAUUUCUCUUCUAUAUGCUAUUAAUAUAGUAUGUAUAUGUUAAUUGCAAUGUAUAACUCUCUCUUUAUAUAUGUAUUCAUGUAUGAAUAUAUGACCUUAACAGUAAAUAGGCGCCUAUGUAUGCAACAACACACGCAGCACAGUCUGGGAGGCAGAGCGAGUCCAGUGGGGAUGUCAACCACUAAAUAACGUCAGGCUCUCGGUGGUUACAUCAUUAAUCAUCCGCCGGCAGCCGGAGAACGAGCGACCUGCCACACGUUUGAUUUCUGUCAGCUCUGUUGGAGGCCUUAGCAUUGUCUGGCCGCUGGCCAAAGAAAGAAAGAAAGAACUGUUUAAAACGACAGUAAUUUACAUGAAAAUUCUUGUCAACAGAGCUCAACGCCCCCUGUUUGAUUAUUUUUAUUGGUUUGCCAAGCAAGGGCAGAUCUAAAAGGAAAAAAAGCAUACAUAGAGGCCUAUAUACUUCAGUAUAGCGCCUUAUUCGAUAUACUAUACCUAUAAGAUGAUACAUACCCCUAUUGUAUAAUCCUACUCUCUAUAUAUACAAUACCUAUACCUAUAAUAAUACUUAGACACCCUUAUGAGGUAAUUAGAUAAGAGAUGGUGGUGGAGCUGUUUUUUUUCUGUGGCUGUGGAAGAGUUUACUGUGGUCAGUAAUAUAUUUCCAUCUUUUUAUAGAGGGUGUGAGAGGGGAAAAGUCGCCGAGAGAUCCGCUCAAAUGCUCUCGACAUGCAAAUAUUGUCCAGAUGUUUAAACUUGCAACCAGGAGGGGGAAAUAAACACCAGCCGUCAGCCAAAAUGCUGGAAAAUUUAAAUUGUAGCAAGAAAACGUGUUCAACGAUCACCUGGAUUUUAUUUUUAAAGUUCUAUUUGCUGGUGAUACCAGUCACUGUUGCUCGCAGACAAAAAAGCGAAGUACCCGGUCCUGUUUGCAAGAUUAUAAGAAAUACAUUUUGUCAUUAGAGUCUUGUCAGAUUGAGCAGUUUUUUGUCAGAGCAUUUGAGUGGAGGCUUCUCUUCCUUUGUUGUUGGAGAGGACGAAGCCCAGUGUUGAUAAUGAGGUUAACUGACUUGCACAGAGUAAAAAAAAAAUUAUAUAUAUGUAUUGAGUCCUGCACUGCAUUUUCUCUGUGUGUAGCUAAGAGAAAAUGGAUGAUGGCAGAUCCAGAAGGGAAGAGGCAGCAGGGUCACUCAAAACUCAAAAAAAAAAAAAAAAAAAACAACAACAACACUGGUGUGCUCCCAAUAAUAAAGCACAGAGAGUUCUUGGAUCUAGUUUUUUUAGGUUGUCCCUGAAGUAUUUUCAGUCUGUAAAAGGUUAGAUUUCUCCAAACGGACACAUGCAGUAACCCUUAUCCCACGGGGUCACGACCUCCUCAGAGCUCGCUGCAAUACAAGGAACCUCAGACCCGUUGAGCCUCGCCCGCUGCCCGCCGCGCCCGUAACCAUUCAGCCAGUCUGACGGCAAGGUGGUAGCGUUUCGGUACGGUGUACAAUCAGUCGCCUUUUCAUUUCUCUGUUGAAGGCAGGAGCUCUAUGCUGACUUUCGGGGGGGGGGGGGAGAAGCUGCUUAUUUUCUGCCUUAUCAGUGCUCUGCCAUCCUGAAACUUCGCCCAGCAGCGUCCCAAAAGCUCUGGGUCGGAUGUAAAGCGGGCACGGUGCAUCUAACAGUAGUGAUUCAGAGGGAUCUAGCUGUCUUCCACACACGCAGACGUGCUCAUUAGAUGAUUAUUCCUCCCUGGGCACGGUUCUCCAAAAACUCAUUUGGAAUGAAUUAUCUUUUUGUCCGUUUGCUUUUGAGACGGCUUCUGUCAUAAUCCAGCUCAGCUCUGGUUUAUUAGACCUCACUGUGUCACAUGUCUGUCCCUGUUCUGCCAUCUCCAAGUCGAUGCUCGGAGUGGUUUAAUGGGACGACAUGCUUCUCAGCCUGGAAACCACGGAUUGUGUAACACACUGUGGUGUUGCACAGUAACACCCCCCCACCCCCUCCACUCCCCACUGCAAAUACUGUCAGUGUCAUUUGAUUCCCACCACCGACACACACCUACACAGCCACAUAAACACAAAAAAAAAAUCAACGAAUCUACUUUUUUUUUUUUUUUUGUUCACUAUUAGAAAUUGAUGGAUAGUUGAAUUAUUUUCAACAACUUGGAUAAAGAAACCAGGGUUUUAAGAAGUGAAAAAACAAGGCCUCUUUUUGUACUGUAUUUUUACUUUUUUUUUUUUUGGUUUUACCUUUUUGUCUUUGUUUUGUCUUUUCUCCUCCCUGGUUGGAAGUGAAUCAUCACAUAAGUGGACCAAAUCUCUUGAAAGCAUUUAAUAAACAGUCUGUUUUAGAAAACA